GCGUAGCUUGUAAAUAAUAACGUAAUAACAAAGUCCUUAUAUUAAACAAAUCUAGAACAAUCGGCUUGUCAGACAACCUCUCAACGUAAGAUAGCUAGCCAAAGUUAGAUCAACCAAGUUAUAAUAAUAAUUUCCGCACUGUCAGGACUUCGGGUAUACUGAAGGAGCAUAUUUUGCACAGAGCGGACCCAAACGGCUGGUUUUAAUCAAUGUUCAAUAUCGCUGAUCCUCUCGAGAGUUGUUAAACGGGGAAGCUUCACGUGGACUUACAGCGACGUUUCAGGUUGUUUGCAUACAACCGGCUGUUGCCAUUUGGCGUCCCUCAUUAAAUCGAAGACCGAGAAGCAUGGGUCCACGAAGAAGAGGAGAGAAGAGGAGGAAAGCAGAAGAAAAUCUUACGAAAGUGGAGGAAACCGCAGAUACAAGUCGUACAGAAAAACCUUCGGAAUGCAGGAUCAACGACGUGGUGAGAGGAAAGAACGGCAGGACUAAAGGACGAAAAAAGUUCAUUGGGGCUCAUGUCUCUAUAGCAGGAGGUAUAUGGAAAGCAGUGGAAGCCAGUGUGGACAUAGGGGGUCGCAGUUUUGGCUUAUUUUUGGGCUCUCAGCGCUGCUGGCAAAGACCUGCCCUCGAUCCGGAUGUUGCAGUCAAAUUCCAGGAGGCUUGUGCUCAGUAUGGCUUUGAUUCGGCUCACAUUCUGCCACACGGAUCUUACCUGAUGAACUGUGGGUCACCCAGAGAAGAUGUGUUUGCUAGGAGCCAGCUCAUGUUGGUAGAUGAGCUCAGCCGCUGCAGUGCUUUGGGCCUUACUCAGUUUAACCUCCACCCAGGGGCCUCCAUGGGCUCUAGCACAGAGGAGUGCAUCAAGAGGAUUGCCCAAGCUAUAAACCAUGCUCACCAGCAAACACCUGCUAUUGUCACUGUGCUUGAAAACAUGAGUGGACAGGGAAGUACUGUGGGUGGACAGUUUAAUGAGCUGAAGAGCAUAAUUGAUCUUGUUCGAGACAAGACACGUGUGGGAGUGUGUCUAGACACAUGUCAUGCAUUUGCAGUAGGUUAUGAUAUUUCCUCAAGGGGAGGGGUGAAGUCUAUGCUUGAAGAAUUUGACCAGGUGGUUGGACUGAAUUACUUAAGAGCAGUUCAUCUCAAUGACUCAAAAGGUAAAUUGGGCUGCCACCUAGACCGUCAUGAGGACAUCGGGAAGGGACAGAUUGGCAUCUCAGCAUUUCGAGACAUUGUGAAUGAGCCUCGGCUAGACAACAUCCCUCUCAUACUUGAGACACCUGGCCGCCCAGGUUUUGAGUAUGCUGAGCAAAUACAGCUUCUCUAUUCCCUUUGUGAGGACUAGAAAACCUAGAGGAAUCUUUACAAGACAGAAGAGCCCACACUUUCAUGUUGUUUUAUUCUAUGCACAGUGCUUUUCUGUUUUUAAAAAAUAUAAUAAACACAAAUGGCAUUGUUGGACUUGAA